AAAUUGUAUCGGAAAGGUCUACGGUUUUUGGUGGCGAGCACUUGCUGCUGCUCCGAUCCGACCUACGCCCUCGUCCAGCGCGUUCUCCAGGCGGGUGUUGACUGGGCCACUACGUUCAUCGUCUUCGCCAGCGUCUUCUCUCCGCAUUGCACCCCUGGUCACUUCCCAACGUCCUCAUCUUACCAUCGAAAGCCUCUCUGAAGCGACCUUAUCUAUCUAGUUCCAGCAUGGCGGACGUGGGUGAGUUCGAGCGGGCAGUACUAAUCGCCUUCGAGUACGCGAGUGCCAGCCCUGCAGAUCAACAAGCACAGACGCUCAAGCUUCAGGCCGAGAGCUUCUGCAACGCCGUCAAGGCCCAGGCGGACGGUUGGCGUGCCGAGUUGAGGCUCUUCGAACAUUCGGAACACGAGCAGGUCAAGUUCUACGCAUUGCAAGCUCUACAGGAGGCGCUGGCCAAAGGUGUUGCCGAUGAUGUGGCUCUGGCGGUCCGCGUGGAGCUGUUGGCCUGGUUGCAGAGCCAUGUGGCCUACGUGGAGAGCAAGUCGCCCUUCCUCAAGACCAAACUGGCCGUCGUCAUCACCCUACUCAUUAAAAGAGACUACCCGGACCGCUGGCCGACGGCCUUUACGGAGUUAUUAGCGCUCCUGCCUCAAGGCGCGUCUAUUGUGGAGAUGUACUUUCGUAUUUUGCUGGCCAUCAACGAAGAGAUCGUCGAAUUCGACGCACAGAGAACGCAACAGGAGGCUGCGCACAAUAUGAGGAUUAAGGACGCCAUGCGCGAAGGAUCCUGCAUGCGUGAGAGCUUUGACGCCAUCGCGCGCGUGCUGGUAAAUGCAGACGCGAGCGACGUCAUGCGUCAGUUGAGUGCGAGUGCACUGGAAACACUCAAGAGAUACAUCAGCUGGGUGGAUAUCGGCCUCGUGGUGAACGAUACGUUAUGGCCAUUGCUUAUUAAGCUGUUGCGUGAGAGCGAGACGUUCCGCUGUCAAGCGGCCAACUGCGUGUUCGAGGUUAUUGACAAGGGUAUGACGCCGGAGAAGAAGCUGGCCAUGCUACAGCAGCUACAGAUACUGGAGAUGCUGGCCGCGUUGCCGAUCCGCGAGGACGAUGAGUUUGCCGAGGAAAUUGGCGAAGUAAUCAACUCAGUAGGUGUGGAGCUCGUGACGUGCAUGGACGCUUUCCGUCACACGAACCGGGCCGACCUGCUUCAGGCCAGCGGGGCGAUGCUGUGCCAGCUUAUGCCGCUUGUUUGGGAACUCUUUGCCCAUGAAUCAAAGGACGUGUCUGAAGAAGUUUUUGAGAUCGUGAACGCAGUGGGUGGCGCGUUGCUUCGUACCGAGACACAGGCUGCCGGUAAGCCUCAGAGCGAAGCGGAAGUAUUCAGGCCGUCGGAGUAUAUCCCUCAGAUUUUACAUGGAAUUUAUCGACAGACGCGGUUCCCGGAGGACUCGGACUCGGACGUUGCAGAGUUCGAAGAAUACCGACGCAGUCAGUACACUAUUUUCCUCAACAUUAUUCGCCAGCGUCCGCACGACACGCUUGCUUUCCUCACGAAUUUGGCUCAAAAUCUGCCGGGACAGUUCGCUGAGAUUGAUCCACGUGACCUCGAGAGCUUCUUGUCUCUUGUUCAUCGAUUCAAGGAGGGAAUUGCGCCUUUGAAGGCCGUGGCUACUCCUUUUAACGAACCAACGAGUCCGCUUUCCCUCAUGGUCGUCCAGAUUCACAGCAGUAUGCUCGCCGCGUCUAACAGCGCGGCCGUGCUGCACCCGUCCGUGUUGCUUACUUACUAUGACUUGGCCGUGCGAUACAGUAAAGUAUUGCAGAAUGAAUCAGCGUUGAUCCCCGCAGUACUGGAGAUGAUGUUCGGCCCACGCGGACUGGCACACCCGGCCGCGCACGUGCGCUCUCGUGUGUGUUACCUGUGCUUGCGUCUUGUGAAGGCUAUCGGAGCCUCGGUUAACCCUCACGCGUCCAGUAUCCUCACCGCGUUGCAGCCGCGUCUUGCGAUUCCCAACGAGCGUCAAGAGCUAGCUAGCAAGAACAACCCAACGUAUCUAGCGUACGAGGAUCAGUUGUACCUGUUCGAGCUUGCUGGCCAAAUUAUUGCCUCGCUCGUGCUCCCACCAGAGGAGACAGGCAUGAACGCCAAACAGCUACGAUACCGGUACACGAUCGCCGUGUUGGACCCGCUCCUGCAGGGCUUGAACACGACUCUCAAUGAGUUGGCGAGUGGUACGCUGACUGAUGAAGAGUAUGUCACCCAACGCUGCGCGUCCCACCUGAACGCCAUCGCCCACGUGCUGAAGGCGUUCAAGGGCACAGACUGCAUGGAGAACCACCAGGAAACGUUCACACAGGUGCUCACGGCCGCGGCGUGCGUGCUGCGCGCACUGCCCCGUACGCCGCGCGUGCGCUCCAAGGUGAUUUUUACAUUGCAUCGCUUGACGACGGUGCUCGACCGUGAACACUUUUUGGGCAACGUACAGGAGACUCUGCAGACGCUUAUGAUGGGCUGCGAACAGCCCGAAGUGGUGGAGGUCGUGCAACUGGUGGACCAGCUUAUUAUCAAGCACAAACAGGCUUUGGGCAGAUUUCUGGACAAGACGACGCUGCCGUUCGUACAGCACUUGUGUGCGUUGAUGCCGGAACGCACUGCACUGACCAACAGCGAGACGAAGGACGCACCGCAGCUCGAACGUGAAGCCACACAGAAGUAUCUAUACACGUUCCUGCUGCACCUGGUCACGCACGGCCUGGACGCCGUGCUGAUCAGCGCGCAGAACGUCACGCAGCUGGAAAACAUGCUGCGUCUCGUGCUGGAGGGCUGUGCCGAGGUGCAGGACGCCAACAUUAACCGCGCGUGCUUCUCGAUUGGCAGUAUGCUGGUUGAGCGCUGGAUCGGCAACGGAAUGGCUCCGUCGCCGGCGAGUGAGGCGUCCGGCGCGACCACGGCAGCCACGUCGGCCGCGUCCGUGGCUUUGCGCGCCGAACUCCACGCCGAACUGUCCGUCGACGGCAAAGCGCGGUUCACGCAGAUUGCCGUACAGGACUUUACGAGCGCCAUGUUCGCCGUGACCAAGAUGCGUCACUUCGACAUCGACGACAUGCAGACGAUGCUGGCUGUCAAGGAGAUCGUCAACAUGCAGGCCGUUCUGGUGGCCUCGCUGGGCAUCGAGUACCUGACGUUCCUGCGCGACGUGUUCCUGCCGUCGCUGGGCUGUCCGCCUGAACUCGCAGGCCCGUACACGGAACAGGUCGCGACGGGAGACCGCAAGAAGAUCCAGGACGCGUACAAGGCACUGGUGAGCAAGAUGAAGUAGGGUCAACACUUAGCAGUUAACGUUUUGGAAGAAUAGGAUAGUAGGCAUGGAGGACUCGAGCAAUAACCCACCCACAGCAAAUAGAGAUGCCGUCCCCAUCAGUUGCUGCGUGCUAUAACGCAUUUUGGUGAUACCAAGGUCCAC